AUGGUUUUCAAGCAAUUGUCAGCUGAACUUCAUGAGAAGAUUCAGGGAGUUAACAGAUACAACCCCGAAAAUGUCGGAGAUCUUUCUCGAUGCGUUCAGGCAAUGAUUACUGAAAAUGAGUACGACAAGGAUAUUUGUCUGAUCAUUUUAAAGUUGUUCCAACUCAAUCCUGACAAAUAUGAUGAGAAUAUUGUUCGUCUUGUUCUCCAGAAAACUUUGAUGGUCCUACCAAGCAGCGAUUUCACGCUUGCUAAAUGUUUGAUCGAUAGCAAUAGAUUAGGAUCACAAGAAGUAAAGCGAGUGCUGGAUUUGGGAGCUGUCUUGGAAGCCUGUAAUUUCUCCACUUUCUGGAAACUUAUGAAGGGAGAGUACAAGCCAUCUGCUGAUUCGAACGAGCCUUUCAAAGUGCCCCAAGAAGUACCGAAGAUGGUAAAGCUAAUCCCAGGCUUUGAGGAGGCCGUUAGAAUUUAUGCCUGUCGGGUUAUCAGUGUAACUUUCCAGAAUGUUGAGAAGGCCGUACUAAGCAGAUUGCUCGGAGGAGCUUCUGUUACUGCUUAUGCUAAAAAAUUCGGAUGGGAAGCCAAAGAUAAUGGAAUCUACUUCAUAGCCAAUCACGAUGUCACUAUCCGAACCAGAAAUAUUGAUGAAAAAUUGCAGUUCACUGACGUCGCACCUGUUCUGCGUUCUAUCCCAUGCGUUCUUACUGUUAGAGAAUAA